CCCGAGACUCGUAAACCGAAGCGCACAACGGCCAAGGCACGCCGCCCGGCUCACGUUCCCCACGUCUCCUCGAGUCCUCACCCAUUUGGCCGUUUCCCCCCGGCCUCUCCUCGUCGUGGGAGCAGCGAGAGAGCCAGAGAGAGAGAGAGAGAGAGAGAGAGAGAGAGAGAGGGGAAAAGUUUGGGGUUUUGCCGUCGAUGGGGGCGUCGGGCAAGUGGAUCCGGACGCUGGUGGGGCUCCGCCCGGCGGCGGAGAGGGAGAGGCCCGGCGGCGGCGCGGGGAAGGGGCGCAAGUGGAGCCGGCUCUGGCGGAGCUCGUCGUCGCAGCGGGGGAGCAGCGCGCCGCCGUCGGAGGCGCCGUCCGAGGCGUCCUCCGCCGCCGACGCGCUCAGCAGCUCCGUCGUCGCGGCCGUCGUGCGCGCGCCGCCCAGGGACUUCCGCCUCAUCAGGCAGGAGUGGGCCGCCGUCCGCAUCCAGUCCGCCUUCCGCGCCUUCCUGGCGCGGAGGGCGCGGAGGGCGCUGCGGGGGAUCGUGCGGCUGCAGGCGCUGGUGCGCGGCCGCCGCGUGCGCAAGCAGCUCGCCGUCACGCUCAAGUGCAUGAACGCGCUCGUCCGGGUGCAGGAGCGCGCCCGGGACCGCCGCGCCAGGAUCUCGGCGGACGGCCGUGACUCGCAGGACAUCCUCGACGACCGGACCGGCCGCGCCGAUCCCGUCAAGGAAGCCGAGGCUGGAUGGUGUAAUAGUCAAGGCACUGUGGAUGACUUAAAAUCAAAGCUACACAUGAGGCACGAGGGUGCGGUAAAGAGAGAAAGGGCAAUUGCUUAUGCUCUCUCUCACCAGCGGAGUUCAAGCCACAGUGGUAGGCCUAGCUCUCCAGCUGUAUCUCUCAGACACCAUGGAAGUAAUAGGACCAAUCAAAAUUGGAGCCAUUUUGAAGGGUGGAUGGCAACAAAACCGUGGGAGAACCGCCUUAUGGAGCAAACCCAUACUGAACACUCUACCAAUUCUCGGUGUUCAGAGAGCAUUGAGGAGAUGAAUGCAGUCAGUUCAAAACUUUCAGAUGUAAGCUCAGUCAAGAUCAGAAGAAACAAUAUGACGACCAGGGUGGCAGCUAGACCUCCUUCCACAAUAUCUGCUUCUUCAUCAGAUUUUGUUUGUGAUGCAAGCUCGCCAUCGACUUCCUCAGUCACCCCAGUGUCUGGCACAAAUUUCAUAACAUCGGAAAGAAGAUCUGAUUGUGGACAUGGAGGUGGACCCAACUACAUGAACUGGACUAAAUCGGCCAAAGCUAAGUUGAAUGGUUCUGGUACCCAUAAGCCACCGCUUCAAAGGCAACGGUCUUCUGAUACGCACUGUAACAGCAGGACAGCGUUAUCUUCUGUAGAUGUUCAAAGCACAGCUGGCUCAGAACUUUCAGUUACUUCAAAGAGGUUGAACAGUUUGACUUUGAAAGGGCGAGGCACUAGAAGUUUGGACAAGGAGAAUGAUGGCCAGCCUGUUGCCUUGUUUUAGAACUUAGUACUUGUAUUUUCCAUAAUGCUAUAUUUUAGGCAUAUUAAUGUUGACUUGUAUGUAUGCUCUGAUUUCAAUGCCUCCUUGCUUGUUUUGGCACCAUCUGCAUUUCUGAUGUACAAAGGCUGAACUGCUUCUACCUGCUACUUCUGGUUUCUAAACCACUGUUUUUGAGUCAUGCAGGAUGGUGAUAACUAGUUAAUGUACUUUUGUGCUGGAUCAGCAUCAAUGAAUUGACAAUUUCAGAUGGGA